AUGCCUGCCCAAUCGCCCCACGUAUGCGCAUUUCAUUGGACACGCAAUCGGGGCCGCGCGCGUCAUGCGGCUAAGCAACCUCUGCUGGUGGUGUCGCCACUGACCCGCGCCCUUCAGACGGCGCAGCUGGCCUUCCUGCCGCACUACCAGGGCCCCGUGCUUGUGGAGCCCCUGGCACGCGAGCGGGUAUGGCAUGCUUCCGACGUAGGUAGUAGCCGGGAGCACUUGGCACGAACGUUCCCUGACUCGAGGUUCCAGUUCGACGCCCUUCCGGACGUGUGGUGGCACUGCGUGGAUCCCAGCAACCCAAGAAAAGUUGGACUUGAGCCUGAAGACAUCUUCAAGGCGCGUGUGCAGGAGCUGCGCCUGUGGCUGGCCGCGCGACCCGAGCAGUGCAUUGCUGUGGUGGCGCACUGGGGCCUGCUGCACGAGCUGACCGGCGGGUUUGACUUUGAAAACUGCCAGAUCCGCUCAUUCGUUUUGGACGCACGGCGGAUUACAGCUGGGCACGCAGCCCUUCGCGAGCAGGUGCCCAACCUGCUGGCUUCUCUUUUCCGAUAG